AUGAUACCGAAACAGAUGACAAUAACAAAUGAUUGUAUACCAUCAUCUACAACAUGCGGAUGUUCGAAAGUAGCACCCAUAUUUAGUCGAAUUGUCGGAGGUUAUACAGCAAGGGCACAUAGCUGGCCAUGGAUUGUUAGUAUUAGAGAAAGUGUUUCUUCAUCAUUAGCAAGUCCUGGAGCGGCGAUUUGUGGUGGAGUGUUGAUAACAAAUAAACAUAUUUUAACAGCCGCCCAUUGUUUUUAUGGUGUAUCAGAAAGUCAAUAUUCAAAAUUUUUUUUUGUUGUUGGUGCUACAUAUAUCAAUGAUACGAAUAAUGUACGACUAACAGCAAAAUCAAUUCGACUCCAUGAAUAUUAUGAUGAUACGUCAAAGUUGAAUGACAUUGCUAUUAUUGAACUACGAUCAGCUGUUGAUUUUAAUGAUUCAAAUAUUGGUUCUAUAUGUUUACCUAUUCAUGUCCAAAAUCCGGCUGGAUAUCCAUCGGCUGAUAUGUUGACAGUGGCUAUUGGCUGGGGAACAUUGACUGAAAAGGGAUCGGUAUCAUAUACAUUACAACAGGUAGAAUUACCAGUAGUAGCAAGCACUUCGAGAUAUUGUUAUAACCAAACAACAGAUAAUGAUUCACAAUUUUGUGCCGGUUUUAUCAGCGGGGGAAAAGAUACGUGUCAAGGUGACAGUGGUGGACCAUUAAUGAUUUUAAUAAAUACAACAUGGUUCGUUGUGGGUGUGACCAGCUAUGGAAAUGGCUGUGGAAGAGCUCGCUAUCCUGGCGUAUAUACACGUGUUAGUUGGUAUAUGGACUGGAUAAAUGCCGCACUUAAUGCAUCUCAUCACAUUUAUUGCUAUAAUAAUCGUCCAUCAGAAACAUUUUAUCAGCAACAACAACCGUCAAAUAAUCGAUGGUAUUAUUCAAAUAGAAAUGAUGAUAUUCGAGCAAAAUGGUACUGGACACCUAAUGAUGUACCAUCAUCCAAUUUUUACAAAAAUAUUCCAGAGAACGGUGAUCAAUUAUCUUCAAUAUUUUGUGGACGAAGUAAAACGUCAAUAAGAUUUUCUCGAAUUAUGGGUGGACAAGAUGCAGUACCGCAUUCUUAUCCUUGGAUGGUCUCUUUAGCGAAACGAUCGAUUAACAAUCAACAUUUGUGUGGAGGAGUACUUAUAACCAGACAACAUGUAAUAACGGCUGCGCAUUGUAUUGAAGAUUUUUCAGGUGUUGAUGAUUUAAGUAUUUUUGCCGGCAUUCAUUUUGCGGUUGGGAAUCGUAACCCAUAUCAAGCUAGACAAUUAACAGUUCAUCCAAACUAUGAUUCUGAAACAUUUGCAAAUGAUAUAGCAAUUAUAACAUUGCGAACACCAGUACCGGAUAAUGAUGAACGAAUAGGCGUCAUCUGUUUGCCACAAGAUGAUGCGGGAAAGUCUUAUCCAUCUGCAAAAACAUCAUCUGUCGCUAUCGGUUGGGGUUCAACAUCAUUCGGCGGUAAACCGUCGCUUUCGUUAAAACAAGUAGCCUUACCAAUUUUGGAAUCAAAUAAAUGGCCUUGUAAUGGCUAUUUAACUUUUCCAUCAGGUCAAAUAUGCGCUGGAGAACUUUCUGGUGGAGCAGACACAUGCCAAGCUGAUUCAGGUGGUCCAUUAAUGAUCGAGAACAAUGAUUUGCGUUGGGAGAUUGUUGGUAUCACAUCAUUUGGCAAAAGUUGUGGCAAACCAAAUACGCCCGGAACAACAGUUACCCAACGUAGUAUAACAGCAGAUGUCAUUUGUGAAUUAGAAUGA